AUGGACGCGGUCAACAAGCUCGAGUUCCACGUCCGCAAGCUCCCCACACGCUCCGUCACACUCUUCCCCACCAGAGCCCAAGUCAGCAGGGAACUUGCAAGCGUCCAGCUCAAGCCCGGCACCAACGAAAUCACCGUCCUCGGCCUCACCCCCACCGCCGACCGCGACUCGGUCCGCGUCGAGACGGCCAGCAGCGUCGCCAUCAGCGACGUCCUCGUCGAGUCGCUCCCCAACCGCGACAUAUGGCAAGACAUCUACCCUAGCGACUCAGAGUCGGAGUCAGACGACCACGAUGACGACUGGGAGGCGCCCUUCCGCUGGGACGAGGGCGCGGAGCUCCAGGCCGGCCGUCGCCGCCUCGAGCACCUCCGCGACGCCCUCGACCUCGCCAACGAGAAGAUUGCCAACGCCGAGGCCCGCCUCAAGUACCUCGACGCCUACGGCAAGACCCUAGAGCGCAAGCGCAGCGUGCCCGUCGCCGACGGGCUCGAUGCGUACAAGCAGGAGCGCGCCAAGCUGCACGACGACAUCAUGGAAGGCCGCCGCGAGAGGCGCGACGCCGACCGCGCCGUCACCGAGCACGCGAGGGACCUGGACUCCCUGGUGUGCAAAGACGGUGUCGCGGAGAGGAAGGCGCGCAAGGCGUGGGAGCGCGAUCGCAAGCCCAAGACGCAGGCCAAGGAGAAGCGCGCCCGGCAGCGCAUGGAGCGGGCCAAGGAGCGGGCGCGCAUCCGCCGCGAGCGCGAGGACUUUUGGCCCAAGUUCUGCUACGCCGUGCGCAUCACCAUCGAGGCCGGCGCGGCCUUCACCCCGGGCUCUUCGCGCCGCGCCUCCGUGGUGACGACCGACGUGGACGUGACCAAGCUGGACGGCACAGAGGCCGGCGACGUCUCCUCGCCGCUCAGCUGCGACCUGGUCCUGUCCUACGUGACGUCGUCGGCGUACUGGACGCCCUCGUACGACCUCAAGCUGUCGACGACCAACAAUACGGGCGCGCUCAGCUUCGAGGCGGAGCUGCACAACGCCACCUCCGAGACAUGGUCCAACUGCCGCGUCUCGCUGUCCACCUCGCAGGCCACCUUUUCCGGGCUCGACGACGCCGUGCCGGAGCUCACGCCGUGGCGCCUCGGCCUCAUGAGCCAGAACCCGCACUUUGGCCGCACCGACAUUGCGCAGCAGAUCCUGCGCAGCAACAAGGAGCUCGAGAGCACCGCCCAGUGGAAGGAGCAGCGCCAACGCCAGACGGACGCGCAGCGGCCCCGUGUGGAAUUGUUUGGUAGGGAACAGGACCGGUUCAGCGCGCGGCAGGAGGCGUACGCCGCGGCCCGCCUGCAGCUGCAGGAAGAACAAGACGGCGACGACGGCAACCAGUUUCAGCAGAGAAGCUCCGUCAAGCAAAUGUUCAAGAAGAAGGCCUGGGCGCCGCCGCCACCACCACCCAUGCCGGCAGCAGCACCAGCGCGGGCGCUCCCCGCCGCAAAGUCGAGGGCAGCGCCUGGCGCGAGCCUGGACAGCAUGGCGAUGCAGUCGGGCGCGCUGCAGCGGAACAUCAGCCAGGUCCUCGAGCGCGGAGAGAAGAUGGAUAGCCUCGGUGGCGGCGGUGGUCCCCGGGGGGGCUUGUUUGGAAGCAGCGGCGGUGGCGGCGACGAGUCCGAUGACGACGACGACGACGACGAGUCCAACGAGUCGAGCCACACGGGCAGCGUCGUCGAAGAAACGGGCAUGACCACGACGUUCGACCUCCCCGGGCUCAAGACGCUCGCGCCCAAGCACACGUCGACCAAGUCGCCCGUCGCGCGCACCACCUUCACGGGCGUGGCCUACAGCCACACCGUCGUGGCCAAGUACAAGCCCGUGGCGUUCCUGCAGGCGCGGCUGCGCAACACGUCGCGCAUGACGCUCUUCCGCGGGCGCGCCGGCCUGACGCUCGACGGCAGCUUCCUCGGCAAGGCGACGCUGCCGCGCUGCAGCCCCGGCGCCGACAUGACGCUCAGCCUGGGCGUCGACCCGGCCGUCAAGGUCGCGUACCCGAAGCCCGGGGUGCGCCGCGGCACGGCGGGCCUGUUUAGCAAGGAGAAUACGUGGGUGUAUACGCGGAGCGUGCUGCUGCACAACACGCGCGGCGCCGCCGCUGGCGGACACUCGCACUCGUCGGCUUCACCGCCGCCGUCGUCGUCGUCAUCGUCAUCGGCAGUCUCCAUCACGGUGCGCGACCAGGUGCCCGUCUCGCAGGACGACAAGCUGCGCGUCGAGGUGCUCACGCCGCAGGGCCUGUCGCUGGGCGGCGGCGUCGUGGCGGCGGGCUCGGCGGGGCUCGAGGCCCGGGACGGCCCCGGGUCCGGCGCCGGCGGCCGGGACUGGGGCCGCGCCGCGGCGAGCCUCAAGCGCGACGGCGAGGUCAAGUGGGAGGUGAGCCUCAAGCCCGGCCGGGCGGUGCGCCUGGCCCUCGAGUUUGCCGUCGCGUUUCCGACGGGCACGUACCCGUUCAACGACGACCGGGAGCAGUGA